AUGCAGUCCACAGACCCAGGAAACACCCAAGGGUUUUCUACCAGAUUCAUUGCUUAUUGUCCCCCCGACCUACCGUGGGAAGAAGUCACCAAUGCCGAGAUUCUCAGGACCCAUUGUUUGAGGCGUGGACUUCUGGACGAUGGUGACGUUACAGCACUCCAGCAACGCCUAAAGGAAUACCAACAAGCACACAAAGACGAGAACGAAGAUCGAGGUGUGCCUUGGCGACUUGAACCUGAUGAAGCGUGUAUACUCGCCAAUGCUGCGACCGGAACCAGGUGUCAGUUAAUCCAGGUCAAAGACGUUUCAAGCUUUGAGGGUAAAUGGUGGCGUUGGCUUGAGAAGCGAUUUACCCUCUACACCAGACAGUUAGGUAUCUUCGCCGUUUUCAUCUCCAAGAACCCCACAUGCGGCUGCACAGCCAAGCAAAAUGCGUUUCUAUUGGACGAGCUGGAUUACAUCUUUGCCGCCAACCCUUUUUUUUAUUUUUUCCCCAACCAAAACCCAGAGCGGGUGCCUCAAGUGAACGUUGUCCCUUCCCCGGCAUGCGUCAUCUGCUUCCAGGAGGCCGGCUCCAUUCCACUCCGGGAAUGCACGAAAUGUAGACAUAUGGCUCACAAAGAGUGUCUCGACAUCUUCAAUAGUGCCGGAAAUCCUAGCCAGCCCAACAUUUGCAUUCUCUGUGAAGACGAGAAGCACUGGACUUGUCCUGAGUGGGUGUGUAGCCCCUUAUCCGAACCUGAAAAGUGGAUAGACGAAGAGAACAUGGGCAAAUCCCUUCACGAGACCAAGCUGGCAGCAAUGCUUAACUACAAGUUUGUAUAA